AUGUUGAAAAAGUCACCCACCAUGAAAGCCACCACACGCAUUCACACCAAUGACUCAGACGCUGUCAUCAUAGGCCUAUACAUCAUAUUUUUUAUAUAUUUUUCCGUCAAUCGGGGCAAAUCAUACCGGGGUCACCACAAACGUACCAUUCCCCUCUGCACAUACAAAACCCAUGUCAUAGAACUAACAACCUCAGACCUCCCAUGGCACGUCCUCGCCGGCAUAACCGAACUAACCCUCUACUACUGCAACUUCAACUGUACGCUUCUAGCAGUACUAGCCUGCUACGUCCAGUCCCUCACCUCCCUAAGCCUAGUCAAACGACUCCCAAACGGCUAUCCACCACACACACGACCAGCCUACCAAGGCGGUAACAUCCUCCGCAUGUACCAGAUCCUCGUAGCAUACACCACCCAAAACCCAAUCGACUACCACGACGCCAUCGUACCUCUUCACAGCUUUAUCUACACCCGCAUCAUAAUCUUUCUCUUCGGAACGAUGGGACCCAGUCUGUCCUUUUCUAAGAACGUCAAUUCGCCUUUCGUAUACGCGGAGGCGGUCUUCGGGGGUGCGUUGAUCGCCAUCGGACAUUGUACGAGGCCGAGCGCUAUCAUUGUGUAUUUGUUGCUCGUGCAUGCUGUGGGGAGGGUUAGUACGUUUGCGGGGUGGAGGGCUUGGGUGGGGAGAACGAAGAAACCACCCCAAGAUCCCGGAUUGCUAGUUAAGAUUCUUAAAUUCGUGGGCUUUUUCAAGGACCAUGAGGACUGGGCAGAUGAGAAGGUGGCUUCUUCCCAUGAGACUCCGCAGAUUGGGAAUCUGCCGAUGGAUAAAUUGGGACAUCAGUAUACGAGGUUAGGGUUUGAGGGAUGA